CCCUCCGUCACAAUUCCCGUUUUGCCAUCCCCAACGUCCUCUUCUGUCCUUCCAACCAUCGCUGGUGCCCCCUUCUCCCCAGUUCUUCUCCACAUCCCCGGAAAAUCCUAACCCUAGAAAUAGAAAGAGACCCCCUCUGUGUUUGCCUCACUUUCCAUCCUGUUUCUGGCUUUUGUUCUCUACUCAUCCUAGGCGAGAAAUCCAGGUAAUGUGCAACAAAGGGCAACUGUAAAGAAGAAAUAUAAGAUGCCACGUUGGCUUUGCUGUUCUUUUAAUUCGAACGAAACGGAUGACCCUCAUGAGAAUGAAGCUUUAAAGAGUUCAAAGCCUUACGAGGAUGGACUGCAAAAAGGUUCAAAAGUCCCCCAUGUUGCUAAAAAUGAGCCCCCGAAGGCACCACCUCCUAUUGAUGUACCUGCCCUCUCUCUUGAUGAACUGAAGGAGAAGACUGACAAUUUCGGGUCAAAGGCUUUGGUUGGAGAGGGGUCGUAUGGAAGGGUAUAUUUUGCUGUUCUAAAAGAUGGUAGACAAGUGGCAAUAAAAAAGCUUGAUGUUUCACAAGAGCCUGAGUCCAAUGCUGAGUUUCUGACCCAGGUUGCAAUGGUAUCAAAAUUAAAACAUGAUAACUUUGUUGAACUGCGGGGCUACUGCGUGGAGGAAAAUCUCAGAUUACUUACCUAUGAGUUUGCUACCAUGGGUUCUCUGCAUGAUGUUUUGCAUGGCAGGAAAGGAGUGCAAGGCGCACAACCUGGUCCUGUUCUUGACUGGAUGCAGCGUGUGAGCAUUGCUAUUGAUGCAGCUAAGGGUCUGGAAUAUCUACACGAGAAAGUUCAGCCUUCCAUCAUACAUAGGGAUAUCCGUUCAAGCAACAUUUUACUAUUUGAAGACUUCAGAGCAAAAAUUGCUGAUUUCAAUCUUUCCAAUCAAGCACCUGAUAUGGCUGCUCGUCUCCACUCUACCCGUGUUCUUGGAACCUUUGGUUAUCAUGCUCCUGAAUAUGCAAUGACAGGGCAGCUGACGCAGAAAAGUGAUGUGUACAGCUUUGGUGUUGUUCUUUUAGAGCUUCUCACUGGGAGGAAGCCUGUUGAUCAUACAAUGCCUAGAGGGCAGCAGAGUUUGGUUACUUGGGCUACUCCACGAUUGAGCGAGGAUAAGGUAAAGCAAUGUGUAGAUCCAAGAUUAAAGGGAGAAUAUCCGCCAAAAGGCAUAGCGAAGCUUGCAGCAGUUGCUGCUCUAUGCGUGCAAUAUGAAGCUGAGUUCAGGCCUAAUAUGAGCAUUGUAGUUAAAGCGCUAUCUCCCCUCCUUGUGAAUAAGCAGUCCUUACCACAGCCAGAUCCUGCUACAGCAGCUGCUGAUGGUUGAAUCCUGCAACUUUUGUUCAUUGUUCUGCUUCAGUUAGACUGGUUCUGUAAAUCUGCUAAAGUAUUGUUUGAUUUGGGAACUUAUUGCAUUUUUUUUCUUUAGCAUUGUUGCAAAUUUUCUUCUUGGAGUGCUGUGUGUUCUUUUACAUGGAGAUAAUAAUGUAAACGUUUGAUUUUUGUGAAUUGCGAGGUGUUGUUGGGCAAGAAGCUUAAUGAUGACUAAGCAAGAACUUAUCUUUUAGUCCAAAAUACUAGUUAUAAAUUCAAUUGAGAGCUUUA